AACUCUCUAUCUCUCUCCCUUCCUCUCUGUUAAAAAUCAAUAAAAUAUGUUUAAAAAAAAAAAAAAAGACAUAAAACUUGAAGAAUUGUACACUAACAACUAUAUAUCCACCACAGACUUUACAAUUAAUAUUUUAUCUGCUUUACCACAUAUCUAUCCAUCCAUCCCCAUGUUUAACCAUUAACUCACAUUUUAAACUGUUCUCUUGAAUAGUCGAAACCCUCACCCCCCCUAGGAGACCAGCCAACUUACCCACUGCAGCUUUGCACAUAGGGGCCUCUCCUCUCUCUUGGUUCAAACUGGACAACAAACAGGCUGUGAGACACCAGGGCUUGCUCACAUGAUCCCCAAGGCAUGGAGGUUGUCAGAGAUUUAAUGACUGUUACCUUCUACCAGCAUCCUCUGUACAAGGUUGGGCAGUCACCAAGAGUGCACACCUUGCCCUCCUUUGCUCCAGUCCCUUCCCAGGCAUCAUCUCAUCAUUAAGAGUGUGGUCUUCAGCCCUAGCAAGUUUGGCUCAGUGGAUAGAGUGUUGGCCUGCAGACUGAAGGUUCCUGGGUUAGAUUCCGGUCAAGGGCACGUACCUCCGUUGCUGGCUCCCAGCCCUGGUUAGGGGCGUGCAGUAGGCAACCAAUCAAUGUCUCUCUCACAUUGGUGUUUCUGUCUCUCCCUCUCUAUUCCACUCUCUCAAAAAAUCAUGGAAAAAACAUCCAAGGGUGAAGAUUAAAAGAAAAAAAAGAGUGUGGUCUUCAGAGCCAGACAGAUGAAGGUUUGGGUCCAACUACACCAUGUGCUGGUGGGAGAGUCACCAUCUGUGUAAGCAAACUGAUUCCUGUUCUAAAAUGAGGAAUGAUUCACAACUUGCUAGAACCCCUGGCCUGGCCACAUGACCCUGGCUCUCUGCUGGUACAGCUGGACAUUCCCUCCACCAGUGAGGAACACUCCUGGGUGCUGAGCAGGCUUCUCUGAGUCUGGUGCCCGUGAUAGGCCUGGGAAACGUCCCUGAUCCAGGCCACCAGGUGGUCACCAUAGACCUAAUUUAACCAUAAGUCCUUAGGACCCAGUGCUCAGCACUUGGGAUGUGAAGUGGUUCAGAUAGUCAAUCAGAGGCCAGGUUUUAGGGGACUGAGGGGGUAUGAAACCCACAUCUGGGCUCCUGGUAAGUCCAGGCCUGGACUGAGGACCUUGGCCCAGAGAGACCUUGCUCCAGAAGAGAGCGUGGGACAGGGCUGUGCCCAUACAGCUGGCCUGGCCUCAUGCCUGGGACUGUAGCCCAAGGACAAGGAGAUCCAUAAAGCCAGGCCCAUCUCAGCCUCACACCUGCCACAAUGCUGCUGCUCAGUCUGACCCUUACCCUGACCCUGCUCGGCUCCUCAUGGGGCUGUGGCAUUCCUGCCAUCAGACCGGCACUGAGCUUCAACCAGAGAAUUGUCAACGGGGAGAAUGCAGUGCCAGGCUCCUGGCCCUGGCAGGUGUCCCUGCAGGAUAAGAACGGCUUCCACUUCUGCGGUGGUUCCCUCAUCAGCCCGUCCUGGGUGGUCACUGCUGCCCACUGCAAUGUCAGCCCUGGCCGUCAUGUUGUUGUCCUGGGCGAGUACGACCGAUCAUCCAACUCUGAGCCUUUGCAAGUUAUGUCCAUCUCGCGGGUGAGUCCCUGGGUUGCAGACUUGGGAAGGAAGAGUGAGCAGUACAGGUGUGUGGGCUCUGGGGAUGAAGAAUUCAGGGCCUUCCCUGGCCUAGCCCCCUCAGCACCCAUCAACUCUGGGGGCCUGUGCUCACCCCAUCCUGUAUGGCCCUUUCUGGCUCCACAGGCCAUCACACAUCCAUAUUGGAACCCCACCACCUUCAACAAUGACCUGACACUACUGAAGCUUGCCUCCCCAGCCAAGUACACAGCACGCAUCUCACCAGUUUGCCUGGCUUCCCCAAAUGAGGUGUUGCCUACAGGCAUCACGUGUGUUACCACUGGCUGGGGCCGCCUCAGUGGCACAGGCAAUGUGACCCCAGCACGCCUGCAGCAGGUGGCCUUGCCGCUGGUCACUGUGAGACAGUGCCAGCAGUAUUGGGGCUCACGUAUCACCGACUCCAUGAUCUGUGCAGGUGGCUCAGGGGCCUCCUCAUGUCAGGGUGACUCCGGAGGCCCUCUUGUCUGCCAGAAGGGGAACACAUGGGUGCUUACAGGCAUUGUCUCCUGGGGCACCAGCAACUGCAAUGUGCGCGCACCUGCCAUGUAUACUCGGGUGAGCAAGUUCAGCACCUGGAUCAACCAGGUCACAGCCCAAAACUGAGCCUACCCACAGGCCACUUCCCUUUAAUCCAAUAAAGACCCCAAACUCUG